CGUUCAGGCCGCGGAGCGAGGACGCGCCCGGGGACGCGCCGUGAAAGCUGCUUUCUUUCUUUCUUUUCUUUUCUUUCCCUUUACUUCAGAGAGUCAUUCCAAUAUGGACAAAGAGCUUAGAACAUUAUACGGACAUUGAGGACAGAAAGAAUUAAAGGACGCACUGGUGCACAGUGAGAACAGCAGCGAUUUCACGAGAAUCCAAAUCAACAGAGAUGCCCUGCGUGCAGGCUCAGUAUGGCACCUCUCCUCCAGGUGCGAGUCCUGCGUGUCAGAGCUUCAGCUACAGCGAGUACAGCUGCGAUUUCCUUACACCUGAGUUCGUCAAGUUCAGCAUGGACCUGACCAACGCGGAACUCGCCGCCGCGUCCUCAUCGCUGCCCAGCUUCAGCACCUUCUCCGAGGCGUCGGCCGGCGCCGGUGCGAGCUACGAGGCCAAGCCGCCGUGCCUGUACCAGCUCCCCCACUGCGCCGAACACCUCUCGGUCAAGUCGGAGGACGGGGCCGGGGCGCACGCUGGAUACGCGCACCAGCAGCACCAUCAUCAUCAUCAUCAUCACCAGCAGCAGCAGCAGCAAAUGCACGCCCAGCAGCACGCUGAGGACCCCACGGUCUCCGCCGCUGCCGCCGCCGCAGCCGCCUCCUACUACAAACCGUGUCAUUCGGGCUUCGCUCCGGCGUGGGACGACGCGUCAUCCAUGCACGGCUUCCAUCCGACCUACCUGAUGGAUCACCAGCGCAAGAACGCGGUGACGCGCUUCUUCUCGCUCAAGCCGUCCACGCCGGGGGGCGCGCACGUCUCCGCGUGUCACAUGCGCUUCGACGGCGCCGCGCCGCACGGAUUCGCCCCGCUCAGGAAGCAGCAGCACCAGAACCAGCAGCAGCACCAACAGCACCAACACCACAGUCUGGGAUUCGCGCAUCAUAGCCUGCACAUCAGCCACGGACGCGUCCUGAUGGAGAGCCCCGCCGUGGUUUCUUCCUCAUCGGCUUCGUGCUCGCCCACUGCCACGCGCGGCCCCACGCAUGGAGAGGGUCUGUGCGCGGUGUGCGGGGACAACGCGGCGUGUCAGCACUACGGAGUGCGCACGUGUGAAGGCUGCAAGGGCUUCUUCAAGCGCACGGUGCAGAAAAACGCCAAAUACGUGUGUCUGGCGAACAAAAACUGCCCUGUGGAUAAGCGGCGGAGGAACCGGUGCCAGUACUGUCGCUUUCAGAAGUGCCUCGUGGUCGGGAUGGUAAAAGAAGUUGUAAGAACGGACAGUUUGAAAGGCAGACGAGGUCGUCUCCCAUCCAAACCCAAGGGCCCCCAGGACAUCCCCACCUCCUUAUCACCUGCCAAUCUUCUGAGUGCCCUGGUGAGGGCCCACAUGGACUCGAACCCCUCUGUAGGCCGUCUGGAUUAUUCCAAAUUUCAGCCCAACCUAGACUUCCAGAGUGCAGGAGAUGAGACCCUUCACAUCCAGCAGUUUUAUGACCUCCUAAUGGGCUCCAUGAGCAUCAUCCGUGGCUGGGCAGAGAAAAUGGCUGGUUUCACAGAGCUCCCAAAAUGCGACCAGGAGCUGCUGUUUGAUUCCGCCUUCCUGGAGCUUUUUGUCCUGCGCUUAGCGUACAGAUCGAACCUGAUGGAGGACAAGCUGAUUUUCUGCAGCGGCAUCGUCUUGCAUCGGUUGCAGUGCGUGCGAGCGUUCGGAGAGUGGAUCGACUCCAUUGCAGAGUUCUCCUCAAGCCUCCAGAGCAUGCGUGUAGAUGUCCCGACGUUCUCCUGCAUGGCUGCUCUCACCAUAAUCACAGAGCGACACGGCCUCAAAGAGCCCAAAAAGACAGAGGAGCUUCAGAGCAAGAUUUUAACCUGCCUAAAGGAUCACGUGUCCUGCAGUGGACAUUUGUCCAAACUGCUGGCCAAGCUUCCCGAGCUGCGCACUCUGUGCACGCAAGGACUUCAGCGUAUCUUUUACCUGAAGCUUGAAGACUUGGUUCCAACGCCCGCCAUUAUCGAGAAGCUCUUUCGUGACACAUUACCGUUCUGAUUACGUGGAACUCAGAGUUUUAUACCAUGUUACUAAAAAGAUACUCAAGAAGGAGAUUUUUCUUCCACUUUCCUUGGAGGUCCAGACGAAGGUCUGCGAUGUGCAGCAACAUGCUGAGAGAGCUGAGAGCACAUCCGAGGAGUCUCCAGUUUGUGUUUUUUUAUUCUUGUUGGAAAAUGGAUUCAUCUCACGAGCUCCUAAACCACUUAUUCACCCUUUAAGCCUGCAGACGUCGUCAUCGUAACCUUUAUAACUGCUUAUUUUCACUAUUGUUUCAUGGGUAUAUGAUGAUACGCUUUAUAACUGAAUAAUAAGCUCAGAUUUGGGAUUAUAAAGGGUCAUAUAUCGUUACGAUUAAUCCACAAUACAGCAAUGCAGAUGAAAGAAAUAAGCUAUUGUUAUACAUCUAUGCAUGUGGCAAUGGAGAAAGAUAGAAAGAGAGAGAGAGAGAGAGAGAGAGAGAGAGAGAGAGAGAGAGAGAGAGUACUACAAAAACUGGCUUUUUUUUUGGAUCACAGCAGCAGAUUUGACAAAUUUUGGGACAAAUGAGGAUAAACAAUGAAUGAUGGUAAUAAUGGAGCAAAUUAAAUAAAUAAAUAAUUAACAAACAAACAAAUAAAUAAAAUAACAAACAAGAACAUGACUCCAUCACUAACUAUAAUUUUUUUGGAGGGCAAAUAAAAUUUUCAAUUGUUAUACUGCUAAUGGACCCCCCUUCCCCACGUCGCCACGUGAUCAUGUGAUGAAAAAUGUAAGGCAGCUUUUUUAUAAUAAACCUAAACCCUUCAAAAAUCACAUACAGCUCAAACACUUUAUUUGGCAUCUCUGGGGAAAAAAAAUACUGAAUGUCAUCUGCUUUAUUUUAUCUCUCAAAACCUUUUUAAAAACGCGACUAAACGCGGUUUUGCGUCUUUUGCGUUUCCGCCAGCAAAAAAAAAUCAAAAUAAAGGAAAGAAAGGAACAAAAAAAGACAGAUUUUUACUCCCAGACUCUUUAGAUUCUGCUGCAACUCGGAAAAGUGUAUAAAGCGUUUCCUUUUCUACCGCAUCACAUGACGAGCUCUUCAUUUCAUAUUGAAAUAAUUCAUGAAUAAUUAUUUUUUUAUGUCUAUUUUAUUUUCUGUGCAUUAAUAUUAAUAUUCUGCAGACGCGUUUUUUUGGUUCACUUGUUUGUUUUUGUAUGUUAUAAUGUUAUUUCUGCAUCUCUGCAUUCUGUAUAAUUCUAUAAAGGAAGCCGAUAUGAAUCGAAAUCUCUCGUGCUUUGCGAAAUAAACUUGUGUAUUAAUAGUGACAUGAAUUUUUUUUAUAUAAAUAUCUUUAAAAAUACAAACAUUUUCACGAUUUUUCCUUGUCGGAGGUUUUGCGCAAAAUGAAGUCGCAUCAACUUCAUCCGGCUUUUGGACAAAUCUCCAUUUCCAUCCGAAUCUCCAGCUUAUGAAGACGUGAACUUUAAAAUCGCUGUAAUAUUAU